AUGUCAUUGCAGAGACGGCGUGUCAACAAGACGGCAGGCAAUGAAACAGUUGGAGGGGCGUCGCUGAACCGCUCGGAUGAGGAAGAGGGAAUGACACACAAGGUGGCAUAUGACCCGGAGGAGCAGAAGCUGCGCGAAAACACACGGGAGCCGACGUUGACGUUGAUGGAGGAGGUGCUACUGAUGGGGCUGAAGGACAAAGAGGGAUACCUGUCCUUUCUGAACGAAAAUAUCUCAUACGCACUACGUGGCUGCAUCCUGAUCGAAUUGGCGCUGCGCGGACGGAUACAGGUGGUGGACGACGCAAUGCGGCGGCGAUUCGACCCGUCAGAGCGGCUGAUCGAGGUGGUGGACGGCAGCAAGACCGGCGAGGCGCUGCUGGACGAGGCACUGACCCUGAUGAAGGGGAGCGAGCCGCUCACCAUUGUGAACUGGAUGGAUCUUUUGAGUGGCGAGACGUGGAAUUUCUUGAAGAUUAACUACCAAUUGAGACAGGUGCGGGAGCGCCUCGCCAAGGGGCUCGUAGACAAGGGUGUGUUACGCACAGAAAUGAAGAACUUCUUUCUGUUUGAUAUGCCUACACAUCCUGUCGCGGACACCAGCUGCAAGGAGUCGAUCAAGAGGCGCAUUCUGUCGGUGCUGGUUCCCCGCAAUGUUGAAUUGCAGUACACAGAACUGUUCCCCGAGACCGUGGCGUUCAAAUACUUGCGGACAAUAGCGUUAAUAUGCAGUGCGCAUGGAGCUAAUGUAUUGGAAAAAGUUCUGUCGACCCUAGACUAUGAGAAAAGAGACAGGGGCUUUUCCCGUGCGGAAGAAUUACUUGUCCAGUUUUCUCAGUACCCAUUCGCAUUAGAUAAGGAUAUAGAGACUGGUAUCUCAGUGAAUUUGAAUCGACUGGUACAAGAGGAGCUUGACAGAAAUCCAGGCACAGCCCUAAACUUAGAGGUAGUUGCAGGUGUGUUGAAGGUUUACUCUAGAAUGGAUGACUUACUAUAA